AUGACUUCUCGACUGUAUAUGCUUUUACGCUUGAAAUCUUGCAAUACCAAUGAAAUAAAAAAUUGCGUAAUUAAAAAUUCUAAUCUUUUCUACUGUUAUUCAACUAAUAUACCUAAAAAUAAAACAACAAGUAUUAAUGAUAAAUCAAAGAAUGUUAUGCUUGAUAAUAUAGGUUAUAAAAAGUCAAUUGGUAAUGCACUUGCAAGAGAUAAUGAAACAGUAACACAAGUAACUAAUUCAGAAGGUAAUGAACUGAAACCGUCAUAUAAUAUUGAAUUUUUGGAAAAAAAUGUUUAUAAAAUUGACGAUGCUGUGGAAGAGAUAGAUGAAAAAUUGCCAGGACCGUUUGAUCGAUGCAAAGAAGACUUGUCUCACAUUGGACCUUAUAUAACAGGAACUUAUAAUUUUGCAAAAUUCGCAAAUGAUUCGCGUACUAUUCAACAAUUAGUUAAAUUAGGAGUUGAAUUGUACAAAAUAGAAUCAGAUAAAGAAGUAUUAGAAAUGUUUCUGCAACUAGAUUUUGAAAGAGAUAUGAAACCAUACAUACAAUUUUUAUACGACUGUGGUGUAAGUUCAGAAAAUCUUGGAUUUUUCAUCACUAGAUUUCCUAAGAUUUUUAAAGAAGAUAUAGAUGAUCUUCAUACAAGAAUAAGAUAUUUAAGAGCUCAUGAUUUUAACAUAACGAUGAUACAAACAAUAGUAAAUAAACAUCCACCUUGGUUGGCUUUUAAAACACAAGAGAUAGAUUACAGACUUGGUUAUUUUCAAAAUAAUUUUAAGCUAAAUGGUUCUCAAGUAAGAAAUUUAGCAGUAAAAUGUCCAAAACUUAUAACAUAUGAUAUGAAACGUAUAAGACACAGUAGUUUUGCUAUAAAAGAAGAAAUGGGUUUUACUAAAUUAGAAAUACAUUGUAUCUUGCGUAAAGCACCAAGAGUUUUAAUUCGAGCUAGAACUGAAGUAUUAAAAACCUUUGAUUACCUUCAUAAUCAUAUGCAGUUAUCACAUGAUAUUAUUAGUCAAGAACCAACAAUUUUACUAUGUAGGAAAAGAAGACUUGAAGUCAGACAUAGGUUUUUAGUUGAAUUAAAAAAAGACCAAUAUGACCCUACAAAACCAUUAUAUGUGUCACCAUUAUAUUUGGUAACAGGUAGCGACAAUGAAUUCUGUGAAAAUGUUGCAAAAACAUCUAUUCAUACUUACAAUGAUUUUCUAAGAACUUUUUAA